AUGCAUUCCGUCAAAGACUCACUGAUAGUCAGUAUCCUGACUCAAUAUUGGCUGCCACUGUCAGUCGUUCUGACCUUGGCAUGGCUUGUCACGAAUCGAUUUCAACGUGGACUUUACAAAUAUCCAGGACCAUUCCUAGCUUCGAUCACCGACCUAUGGAGGUUCUGGGAUGUGUAUAAGCAGAGACCAGAGGUCACUCACCAGCAACUCCACGCCAAAUAUGGAGAUGUUGUGCGUAUCGGUCCAAACACACUUUCCUUUGCCGACCCGAAAGCCUUGAAAACCAUAUACGGACUCAAUAAAGGCUUCAUCAAGUCGGACUUUUACAUUGUCCAACAAUCAGUAGUCAAGGGGCACCGUCUCGCUUCCCUAUUCAGCACAACCGACAAUGAUUUCCACUCCUCGUUCCGCAGAUCUGUCAAUGCAGCGUUUAGCAUGUCAGCAUUAGUGCAAUACGAGCCCUUUGUAGACAACACUACCAAGCUGUUCCUCGACCAGACGGAGAAACUGUUUGCAAAUAAUAUUGACGGCUGUGACUUUACACGCUGGCUGCAAUUUUACGCUUUUGAUGUGAUUGGAGAGAUCACCUAUAGCAAACGACAUGGUUUCAUUGAGAAGAAUGAGGAUAUUGAUGGCAUUAUUACCUACUUGACCAAGCUAUUCCUCUAUGUGGCUCCGAUUGGGCAAAUUCCCUUUCUCGAUUUACUCUUCCUCAAGAACCCUCUCUACCUCAAGCUGUCUCAAUGGGGUCUGGUCGACUCUACCUUUCCAGUGGCACGUUUCGCACGAGCACGCAUGGCGGAGCGUCUAGGCGCCGAGCUCAACGCCGACGGCUCCAAGAAGCAGCCUCUUCUGCCCGUAUCCGACGCCAAGAUCGAAGUCAAGUCGCCAGACCUGCUGUCCAAGUUCCUAGCAGCGCGCGAGGCCCGCCCCGACUUCAUGUCCGACGCCCUGGUGCAGACCAUGGCCGUGUCCAUGGCGUUUGCGGGCAGCGAGACGACGGCCAUUUCCCUCGCCGCCGUCUUUUACUACCUCUUGCGCCAGCCCGCCGCCCUGGACCGCCUCCGCGCCGAGAUUGAUGACUUUGGCCGCGCCGGCGGCUUUAGCGACUCCGAGUCUGGUCUCGUCACCUGGCACGAGGCGCAGAAGCUGACCUAUCUCGACGCCUGUAUCAAGGAGGCAUUCAGGCUGCACCCGGCGGCCGGUCUGCCUCUGGAGCGCAUCGUGCCCAAGCAGGGCGCCGAGAUUGCGGGACACUUUGUCAAGGGCGGCACCAUUGUGGGUUGCUCGGCUUGGAUCAUUCACCGCCGGCCAGAGAUAUUCGGCCAGGAUGUGGACGUCUACCGACCGGAGCGCUGGCUGGUUGACGAAUCCUUGACGGGCGCGGCAAGAGAAGAGGACGAGAAGAGGGUCAAGGAAAUGAACGGUAUGAUGUUCCACUUUGGCAUGGGAUCCCGGACGUGUCUUGGCAAGAAUAUCAGUCUCUUGGAAAUCUACAAGCUCGUGCCCAGCCUGCUGCGACGCUUCGAGCUGCGCUUCAAGGACCCGAACGAAGAGUGGCAACUGGUCAAUGCUUGGUUUGUCAAGCAAAACAACUUUCAGGCAAUGUUUGAGCCUAGGGUGAUUGUCAAGCCUGCCAACUGA